AUGUUGUCAUUAUUCUUCAUGAUGGAAAGCAACGGUUUACAUCUUGAUAUUGUUAAGUAUAAUAUCCUCAUCGAUGCAUUCUGCAAGGAUAAAAAGCUUGAUACUACAAGGGCCCUUUUCUAUAACCUUUCUUUUAAGAGAUUACAACAAAAUGUUAAGACAUAUAAUAUGAUUAUCCGAGGUCUUUGUGAAGAAGGCCUACUCUAUGAAGCUAAAGAGUUGUUCAUUACAAUGGAGCAAAGUGGUUGUUUUCCAAAUGAUGUCACUUACAACACUAUCAUCCGAGGAUUUAUUGGACAACACAAGUGCUAUGAGGCAUUAAUACUCGUUGACGAAAUGGCUAAAAGGGGUUUUUCAGCAGAUGCAUUCAAUUUUCCCUUGAUCAUAGAUAUACUGUCAACUUAA